CGUGGUGUUGUGGUGUGGUGGUGUGGGAUGGUCCUUUCCUCCUUUUGAUAGAUCAUAGAUUGGAUGAACAGAUUCUUUCUCGAGUACUACAACUCUUUUAAGUUAUAGCAUUGCUAGCUACUCUCUAGAAACAGUAGUACUACCUCAACAGCAACAGGAUCCUUAACUUCUUCACUAAACUCUUAUCCCACCUGGCUCACUCUUUAAUAAACCCCACUUUUCUGUUCCUGCUUUGUUUUUGCUGUCUGUGUGCUCUUAUUUUUGAAUCUGGUUCCAAGUUACCACUAAUCUAAGUUACUCUACUUAAUCAAGUAAUUAACCACUUAAACAGACCCAUUUUUGGAAUACUUGCUACCUUUUCUUUAUGUAUAGUUAAUCACCUGUUCAACCAUGCUUAUUCUCAAGAAUCUUUUCUGGGAGUUCGGUCUUGUCUUAAGCUAAGUUGCUACUCUCUCUGUCUCACUGCUUCUGUGUUUCCAAAUCUAUCUUUCCUUGUUUAGCUUAAUCUCUUUCUCUUCCCUUUAGCUCACUCUCUUUAAAUUUUAGCUUGUGUAAUAAUUUAUGGAAGACGUACUCCUGCUUCCAAUAUUUCUGCUUUCAGAUGUGAAAAUUUUACUUUAAAGCCUGUUGCUUUAUUGCCAUUCUCACUACUUUUGCUUCUAAUUAAGAUCAACUAUAUAUAUAUAUUUUUAUAAGGAUACAUUUCCUUAUCUUCAUAACUAGAUUUGAUCUGCCUCCUACUCUACUAGCUACUUUUGCAUCUGGGGUUUCUGCUAUUGGUUAGCCACCGAAAGAUUAACUCCCUUUUAGUGCUUGCCAGUAAAAUUUGUCCCUCAACUUGAGACUAAUUCUUUAGCACAUCUUGUAUUGUCACCACUGUCUGCUUCGGUUCUGAUUCAAGGGCCAGAAAGGGUUGCUAAGAGUUGAUUUUUUACUGUCUAGAAAGAAGUUUAGCUCAUUUAUUUGAAGAAAAGAAAAUAUGGGUUUGUAUCAUUUGGCUAUUGGAUUAGUUUCCUUGCUUUCUAUGGUGAGUGGUGCGAUGACCAUAGGUGCCAACUGGGGAACACAAGCAUCCCACCCCUUGCCCCCAGAAACUGUGGUGAGGCUACUUAGGGAAAAUGGGAUCCAAAAAGUUAAACUUUUUGAUGCAGAUUAUGAUACUCUAAAAGUUCUAGGUAAGACUGGGAUUGAGGUCAUGGUGGGUAUUCCAAAUGAUUUGCUUGCUUCUCUCGCUGGUAGCAUGAAGGCUGCUGAGAAAUGGGUUUCAAGAAAUGUCUCCGCACAUGUCACCAACAAUAAUGUCAACAUCAGAUAUGUUGCAGUUGGAAAUGAACCUUUCUUGCAGACGUACAAUGGAAGCUUUCUCAGAACAACCUUCCCUGCUCUCCAGAAUGUCCAAUCUGCUCUGAUAAAAGCUGGGCUUGGCAAUUUAAUAAAGGUCACUGUCCCUCUGAAUGCUGAUGUCUAUGAGAGCUCAAGUGGUCUUCCUUCUGGUGGUGACUUCCGAGCUGAUAUCCAUGAUCUCAUGCUUACCAUUGUAAAAUUCUUGAAUGAUGCCGGUGCCCCCUUUACUGUGAAUAUCUAUCCUUUCAUAAGCCUCUAUAUUGAUUCCAACUUCCCGGUUGAGUAUGCCUUCUUCGAUGGCAAUGCAAAUCCUGUAAACGAUGGUGGCACAUCCUAUUAUAACAUGUUUGAUGCUAACUAUGAUACACUUGUGAAUGCUCUACAAAAGAAUGGGUUUGGGAAUCUACCUAUCAUUGUUGGAGAGAUCGGAUGGCCAACUGAUGGAGACAGAAAUGCUAACGUAGAAUAUGCCCGGCGUUUCAACCAAGGUUUCAUGUCACACAUUGCAAGUGGGAAAGGAACCCCAAUGAGGCCUAAUGCCGGUAUUAAUGCCUAUUUGUUCAGUUUGAUUGAUGAAGAUGCUAAAAGUAUUGAUCCUGGAAACUUCGAACGGCAUUGGGGGAUAUUUACAUUUGAUGGAAUACCCAAAUACAGUCUCAACCUUGGCACAACAAACACAGGAGCUUUAAUUCCAGCUAGAAGCGUCCACUACCUGGAAAGAAAAUGGUGUGUGAUGAAGCCGUCGGCCAAGCUUGAUGACCCACAAGUGGCACCAAGUGUAAGCUAUGCGUGUGGACUAGCAGACUGUACUAGCCUCGGUUAUGGGACAUCAUGUGGAAAUUUGGAUCCUAGGGAGAACAUAUCAUAUGCAUUCAACAGCUACUUCCAGAUACAAAAUCAACUGGGAGAUGCAUGCAAGUUUCCAAACCUGUCGACAAUAACCAGGACAGAUCCAUCAACUUCAACUUGCAGAUUUGCGAUAAUGAUAGAGCCAUACUAUGGUGGCGUGGGACAGACAUUCCGGUAUGGCAAGAAGGUGGCCUUGGGUGGUUUGAUUGCUCUAUUUUUCCUAACGAUUGUGUAAAACAUGAAAGAUCCCCCUCCUAACCUUCUUUUGAGGUAGCAGUUUUCCUCAACUAUUCACAUUAAUUAAUUUUGGUAAGGGAAGCUAGCUAGCCAAGAGCGAUUUCGGAUUUGACAAGAUUGUAUUUUUUCCUCUUUUGUGUUGGUGAUCUAGAAACCAAAUGUUCGCAUUCGGAUGUCUCAAGUAUUUAUUUGUGAUAAACAUGCUUGCUUAAUUAAUUAAUAUGAUGACUCAGUUGUAUUAGAA